AUUUCCGCACUAUGCAAUUCCCAAACAUAGUUUAUUUAAUUCAGUAAUUAAUUAAAUAAUAACAAAUAAAUAGUAAGAAUUAGUUUCAACAUUGUAUAAAUUGAGGAGCUAUAUAUAUACAUUCCAAGCAACCUGUCGGGUUUAUUUUCUGUUACUUAGAGCUUAUCUUCCCGAAGAGAUUAAGAUGAUUUUGCCAAUUCUUGAGAUGCUGUGCUCACGAAGGAUUAUCCUUGCAAGUGGAUCUCCGAGAAGAAAAUCUAUUUUGGAAAAUAUUGGUCUCAAAAUAGAGGUGAUACCAUCCACCUUUGAGGAGGAUUUAGAGCCUUCAGGGUUUCCGAGUUUACAAGAUUUUGUGAUUGAGACGUGUUAUCAGAAGGCUCUUGAAGUUGCAUGCAGGUUGCAAAAAGCUGGAGAAAGUGCAGAACUAAUCAUUGCAGCGGAUACCAUCGCUCUCGAUGGGAAGGUUUACGGUAAACCUGGGUCUGAUGACGUAGCUCGGGAUAUGCUCAACAAACUCAGUGGAAAACCACACCAAGUUUUGACAGGAGUCACCCUCAUGUGGGAUUGUAAUAGUCCCUCCCCGGUGGUUGACAAAUUUUGUGAAAUAACUUUUGUCCACAUGCCCACUUUGAGUGAUGCCAUUAUUUCGUCAUAUAUUCAAACUCGAGAACCAUUGGACAAGGCUGGAGCGUAUGGAAUUCAGGGGAUUGGGGGCUGUUUGGUUGAGAAAGUUGACGGAGAUUUCUACAAUGUUGCUGGGCUCCCCCUCCAUAAGUUAUGUCAACAUAUCAAGAAGCACUAUGAACUAUAAACCUUUCUUUGAUUUAUUUUUCUUUCGUGAUAAAUAAAGGGCAUCUCAAAUCCUCUUUUAGAAUCGAACAUUGACGCUAUGAAUGUAUAUUGUAGCACAAGUAAAUAUAAAAUGGACCAGAUAACACUUCAAAAGUCCUUUGCAGUAAUAAUGAUAGGCACAAUAUCAUUCAUAUUUAUUCAUCUCUUCUUUUUUGUUUGUAACAUGUUCAUCAUCAUCAAUAUUAUAACAUACAAAAAAUCAUACUUUGUAAAUCGUUGAGGAUCGACUAUUAUUAUAAUAAAUUAUUGUGUAUCUUUACAAUUUAA